GUUUCCUGUCGGCUUGUUUAUGUGAACGUACCAGUCUCGUCCAUUAACGAAUAUAACGAAAGAGAUUCAGGUCAGAUAAUGGAGUUCGCAGAGCUGAUUAAGACACCCAGGGUGGAUGGGGUUGUCUUACAUCGGCCCUUUAUGCCCACCGUGGAGGGAACCCUGUGUUUGACAGGCCAUCACCUGAUCCUUUCCUCAAGACAGGACAACACAGAGGAGCUCUGGUUGCUUCACUCAAACAUUGACUCGAUAGAGAAAAGAUUUGUAGGGUCUCUGGGAACCAUCAUAGUCAAAUGCAAAGACCUGAGGGUGAUCCAGCUCGACAUCCCUGGCAUGGAGGAGUGUCUCAACAUUGCCAACUCUAUUGAGGCUCUGUCAACGCUUGAUAUACUCUCCCUGAUGUACCCAUUCUUCUACCGGCCCAUGUUUGAAGUCAUAGAAGACGGCUGGAAAUCGUUUCUUCCACAGGAUGCCUUUAAAGAUUUGGAGACCAUGACAGAUGAGUGGAGACUGAGUGAAGUCAACAAGGACUUCAGUGUGUGUCCAUCGUACCCUCCUCUGGUAGCAGUGCCCAAAGACGUUGAUGAUGACAUUCUGAGGAAAGUAGCUAGCUUCCGUCACGGUGGCCGCUUUCCAGUACUGAGCUACUACCACAAAAAGAAUGGCAUGGUGAUGAUGCGCUCAGGGCAGCCUCUGACGGGCACCAACGGGAGGCGGUGUAAGGAAGACGAGAAGCUGAUCAAUGCCACCCUGCGGCCCGGCAAACGUGGCUACAUCAUUGACACGCGCACGAUUAACAUUGCCCAGCAGGCCAAAGCUCGAGGUGGAGGGUUUGAGUCCGAGGCUAACUACCCCCAGUGGAGGAGGAUUCACAAGGCGGUCGAAAGGUCUAACGUCCUCCAGGAGAGCCUGAUCAAGCUGGUGGAGGCGUGUAACGACCAGUCACACAGUAUGGACCGCUGGCUGAGCAAGCUAGAGGCUUCCAACUGGCAGUCCCACGUGAAGGAGAUCCUCACCACCGCCUGCCUGGCUGCACAGUGCAUCGACAGGGAGGGAGCGUCAGUGCUGGUUCAUGGAACAGAGGGGGCUGACUCCACCCUGCAGGUCACCUCCCUGGCUCAGAUCAUCCUGGAUCCGGCCUGCAGGACCAUCAGAGGCUUCCAGGGCCUGGUGGAGCGGGAGUGGCUCCAGGCGGGUCACCCGUUCCAGCAGCGCUGCGCUCAGUCGGCCUACUCCAACAGCAAGCCUCGCCAAGAGGCUCCGGUGUUCCUGCUCUUCCUGGACUGCGUGUGGCAGAUCCUUCGCCAGUUUCCGUGCUCAUUUGAAUUCAGUGAGAGCUUCCUAGUGUUGGUGUUCGAACACUCCUAUGCCUCUCAGUUUGGCACCUUCCUGGGCAACAGCACAGCUGAGAGAGCCAAACUGUCUCUGCCUGAGAAGACCGUGUCCCUCUGGUCGUGGGUGAACCGGCCCCAGGAGCUGGAGCGUCUGACCAACCCGCUCUACGAGGCCAACAGCCUUGUCAUCUGGCCUUCUGUGGCUCCGCAGAGUCUGCUGCUGUGGGAAGGGGUGUUUCUUCGCUGGAACCGCUCCUCCAAGUGUUUGGACGAGGCCUACGAGGAAAUGGUACAUAUCAUUGAAUACAACAAGGAGCUUCAGAACAAAGUGAACAGCCUGCGCAGGCAGCUGGCCCAGCUGGAGACUGAGGAUCCUCUGCUGCAGACGCCAUAGAGAGCAGCAGAGAGGGAGAGAGGUGGAAGGAAGAGGUAGAAAAUGUGAAAACCGAUAACAGCCCAGUUAAUUUAUUUUCACAUAUUUGAGAAUAUAAAAUCAGAACAUUAUAUCCAGGAGAAUUUGUGCAUGAUUGAUGAUGACACAUUUCGGUUUCCGAACACAUGAAAAGGAAUGGCCUUAAACACCAAUUAAGAUUUUCCACUCAUGCAAUCAUCUUAUGGCACGCAGUUUACACGAGAGAACAGACUGAAAUAAGGCCCUGAUGCAUUACAUUACACACAUUUUAUGCUAAUUUAACCAGAUACUAACUAAGCAGAACUGAGAGGGUAAGACAUAAAAGUCCCCUUAAACAGAUUGGAACAAUUAGUCUACAAACAUUUCAGUAAUUCUUUAAGGAAAUAUGACGAACGUUUCCUCGUUACACUUUCUAAAUAUCAGAAUUUGCUGCUUUUCUAUGUCAUAAAUCACUGUAAAUGUGUUAUCUGUUGGUUGGAUCUAUGUAAAGGCCAUUUUUUUCACAUCUCAUGAACGAAAUGAUUGAAAAACACUGUCAGAUUAAUGACAAUGAAACUACCUUUACUUUGGUAUUAGUGCAGACCUGUUCACAACAGAUCAUUCCUAUGAAUUUUUGGACUUUGUUCAUUAAUCUACUACAGGGUACACGUCUCACCAAACAUCCUGCUGAAUGUAUAUUCCACUAAAGCCCUGCAGCGUUACUAUGGCAACAUAUAGGGUGCUAUAAGGAAGUGACUGCUGCACGAUGAGAUGAUAUAAUAAGCGUAGGUAGGGUCAGCGCCUACUGUACUGUACAGUGCUGUUUAAUAAGGAUCUGACCAAAAUAUCUUGUUUAUUUAAAUGAUCAUUACUUGACAUUCCAGCUUGGGGUAUGCAGAAAGACUUAUUUAACACAAGCUUAUAAAAAGUUAGCAUUCGUUCAAACUCAGUGGGUGUAAUAUGAAGUCAAAUAUGCCUGCAGAUGAUGCAGAAAUUAAAGGUCUUGUUGCCACAGUGAUGUUGGCCAUGUUGGUCAUAUGAAUAUAAGCAACAGCUGAUGGAGGUUUUAUUUUAAUGUCAUAUAUUGCUCUAAAGACCAAUCUACAUUUUGGUUAUUUAAGUUAUGCUCUAAUUGUUGCUUUCAAGUACAUUCUCAAACUGAAAGUAUAUCUGCAGUUUGUUUAGUUAAAGGUCUCAUCAAUAAGUAAAUGAGCAGCAUUUUUUGUCGUCAGUACUCACCAGCUGAAAACAUUAGACAGCAUAUGUCUUUAUUAUAAUACAUACAUGUCUAAUAAAUGUAAACUGAAGCAGAUGACACAGACUUUAUCAAGGCCUUAUCCAAGUGAUCGUUUUCUCUUCACUAAUUCAUUUGUGUCUGCAACGUAACAUUACAGCUCGUCUUUCAAUGCUGUCCAUGGGUGACGGUAGCCUCCUUAGCAUUAGACUUUUCAGAAAGCUUUAUGCUGCACUUUAAAUAUAAAAAAUGGCAGUUUUUUUUUAGGUCAGAUUAAAUCCACAGUGGUCAUGCUUGGCCAUUUGUGUUUGUUUUGCCAGUAAGAUAAAUCAUUUUCUCUGCUGUUAGUCAUGUCAUCUUCAUACAUUUCAUCUAUUUUGCUUUGAGGAUGAUGUAAUAUUCACACUAAACACAACCGAUUACAGCCACUACAUUAAGCUGCUUUGUAAAGGGAAAGUUGUUUGAAGCUGUAUGCAUGUUUUCCUUUUGCCUGAAUAAAAAGGACACCUUGCCUUCCAUUGCUUUGCUGUGUUUGAGUGGAACCAUUAAAUCAAGCUAAUGGUUGAAUUUACACUUUUACUAAUGUCCUAUGCUUGCCAAUAUGCAUAAUGUUAUUGUUUAUUGAUUGUUGAACUCUACUGUGUUUGUGCAAUGCCUUACUGCUAAAUCAGAAUUAGAAAUAAGUAAUUGUAUUACUGCUGAUCAGUUGUUUGUAAAACUAUAUUAUUGUUUCAAAGAUUAAAUGUUUUUUUAAGUUUU